UGACACGCUGGCCCCCCCGCGUGCAAUUAGGCCGGGGGGACUUUUGAUGGUCGCAAAGUUCCCCAAGUCAUCGGCGUCGGCCCCCUGUGCCACUUUUUGCCAGCCACUGCCAAUGCUUUCUCCCACCCCCCCAAAAGCUCCGCUCGCCGUGCGACGCGUUCCGAGAAAUUUGAUCGUGGCAAUUCCCAACGGCGGCAGGGCAAUCCAGCUCAGCUUGCGACCGCAUCUCUUCCAUCACCAAUUGACCGCCGCGCAUCGCGCACACCAGCCCGUCAUCGUCGGAUAGCUGUCGCCGGCCCCAAUUCGCCACCCCGUCUCUCGCAUCUGCCGCCCUCUCCCGCGCCCUCCACCCACGCAGACGACAAGCGAUCCUGCCCGUCCGGCCCGGUCUCCCCUUGCUCAAAUCCCCCCCCCUCUCUCCCACCAGCCACCACCUCGCCCGUCCUUGCCGCGCCCGCGCGCCCGCAACCACCGUCAACUGUCGCAUCCCGCAGCUUCCUAUCGCAUUCCCCCCUGACCACCCUCUCACGCCAACAUGGCUGCCCCGCGCAAGCGAACCCGUGAGAUCGACGAGGCCAGCAGGGCCGAGUGCCCCUUCUCCGUGCGCCUCAUCGACCCCAAGGACAGGGACCCCAAGAAGAAGCGCCGCAGGAGGAACGACGACGAUGCCGACGACACCCACAGCAAGAUCCCCGUCCAGAUGUCCCCUUUUGCCCCCUCCGGCAAGUUCAGGAGCUUCGAGACCAUGGACAUCCACUACAUGGUCGAGCCCUCCAAGAGGUGGUCCGAGAUGACGAGAUACAACAGCUUUGUCCUCAACGGAUCCAAAUACUUCAGUGACAACUAUAUCUUUGUCGCGAACGAGGACACCAUCGAGCGUCAGAAAUCCUUCGCCAACAAGGAGCAACUCGGCCCACGGACUAAGAGUAACGAUGACUGGGUUGCCCGCAUUCUCGAGAUUCGCGCAAGCGAUGAGCAUCAUGUCUACGCACGCGUUUACUGGAUGUACUGGCCAGAUGAGCUGCCACAGGGUACUCUUGAUGGGAAGAAGACUGUUCAGGGCCGUCAGCCCUAUCACGGCCAGAACGAGCUGAUCGCGUCCAACCACAUGGACAUCAUCAACGUUGUCUCGGUCACUCAGCAAGCGACCGUCAACCAGGUGACCGACGAAAACGACGACCAGAUUCAGAGCGCGCUAUACUGGAGACAAGCUUUUGAUGUCCGGACCCAGGAACUCUCGGCCAUCGAGAAAGUCUGCAAGUGCGACCAGCCCGGAAAUCCUGACAAGGUCCUGGUGGGCUGCCCCAACGAGACAUGUAAGAAGUGGCUCCACGAGGAAUGCCUCAAGCAUGACAUCCUGCUCAAGACGUACGAGGCCCUCGGCGCCGACAAACCACACAAGGCAUCCGGCGUCAAGGAGGAGAAGGUGGAGGAAGAGGAAGCCAAGCGCCCUCUCAGCCCUGUCGAGCCUGGCACCGGUGCCGUAGCUGCUGAGCUCCCGAUCCAGGUUAAGACAGAUGGCGAGGGGGAGACAGUCAAGGCCGCCAAUGACUCUGUGGAGUUCAAGGAAGAAUCCACGGCCGCCACCGAGGAAGGUUCGGCGCAACCGCAGAAUGGCCGCGUGUCAACACAAACUCCGACCACAGACGCGCCAGCCCGCAAGGGCGGCCGAGGGCGGAAGAAGGCGGAUGCGAGCUCCGCGAAACCGUACGAGGGGCUCUUUGAGGCGAACUUCAAGGUGGACCAAGACAUGUUCGAGAUCACGGACCUUAGGGAGGGUAUCGAGGGCGGCGACAAGACAUGGAUGGAGGAUGUCAAGUGCCUUGUCUGCGGCACGCGCAUCUGCUGAAGCACGCAACUGCCCCACAGCGCAGCGCGGGGAUUCUCGUGUGGUGGUUUCUCAUUGGGUAUGAUUUUGUUACGGGGUUGCAUUACCUCUCAUGAUACGAACCCCUUUUUCUUCAGUCAGCUUCCGAGCGCCGAGGGCGAGUAUGACGUAUACCUUGCUUGUUGAACAGGAGGAGUACGGACAAUGGCAAGUUGUGCUGGUUUUUUAUUUUUAUCAAGGGCGUUCUUUGGAGGGGGAGCAGGCAAAAGGCUCUCAUUAGAGUUACGUUUGUACAUUCGAGAAGGGGACGUUGUUUGCCCACAAAAUGAAUAUCCUGUCCUUAAUUUACAUACAAACUCCUCCACG